CUCUGUCCCACUUUGUCUAGAAGUGGGGGGGGCGCCGGGCCCCCCCCAGGACCGCUCUGGGGAGAAGGGGGCCUCCCCUGGGACAAAGCCCGCUCGCCCCCGCUCCCGCCCCCCCAGGCAGGGAGUUGCUGCCCCGGGCGGGGAGGGGAGGGGAGGGGCUCCGCGGGGGCGUGGCCAGCCCGGCCCUUAUAGGGCGCGCGGUCGGGCCGCCGCCGCCGCCGGCAGCUAGACCAUGAGGGCCCCGCCGUGGCCGUGGCCGCUGCCCGCCCUGCUGCUGGCCCUCACGGCGCGCGGGGAGGCGGCGGACGCGCCCACCUACCCGUGGCGGGACGCGGAGACCGGGGAGUGGCUGGUGUGCGGCCAGUGCCCGCCGGGCACCUUCGUGCGGCGGCCUUGCGGCCCGGACAGCCCCACGACGUGCGACGCGUGCCCGCCGCGCCACUACACGCAGUUCUGGAACUACCUGGAGCGCUGCCGGUAUUGCAACGUCUUCUGCGGGGAGCGCGAGGAGGAGGCGCGGCCGUGCGGGGCCACCCACAACCGCGUUUGCCGCUGUCGCCCCGGCUUCUUCGCGCAUGCCGGCUUCUGCCUGGAGCACGCGCCCUGCCCGGCUGGCGCCGGCGUGGCGGCCCUCGGCACCCCCAGCCAGAAUACGCAGUGCCAGGCCUGCCCCCCGGGCACCUUCUCAGCCAACAGCUCGAGUUCGGAGCAGUGCCGACCCCACCGCAACUGCACGGCCCUGGGCCUGGCCGUCAACGUGCCGGGCUCCUCCUUCCACGACGCCCUGUGCACCAACUGCACGGGCUUCCCACUCGGCUCGCUGGAGCCGGGGGCGCCGGGGACCGAGGAGUGCGAGCGCGCUGUCAUCGACUUCGUAGCUUUCCAGGACUUGUCCUCCAAGAGGCUCCUGCGGCUGCAGCAGGCCCUCGCCGGCCCAGGGCCGCCGAGUCCGCCGCCGCCGAGGGAGGACCGCGCGGCCCUGCAGCUCAGGCUGCGGCGGCAGCUCACGGAACUCCGUGAGGCGCGGCCCGGGGCGCUGGUGGCGCGGCUGCUGCCGGCGCUGCGCACGGCCAGGCUGCCGGGGCUGGAGCGCGGAGUCCGCGCGCGCUUCCUCCGGGCGCGCUGAGCGCCCUCCUUGAUUAUUUAUUCGCGCCCCGUCCCAGCGCCCCCUGUGCCGCAUCGAAGGAGGCUUCUGCCCCGGCUCGGGCGGCGCUAACUUUAUUUUUAUAAAGCCGAUUCGUAAAGGA